GCGAUCUUACCAUUCCCAAUCCUCUCCUGGUCUACCAAACAAACAAGGCUAUAAAGUUCACCAUUUCUCUUCAUAUAUAUCCUGCUAAAAAUUUGUUCUUCGUCAAACACACUAAUACCAUUACUCAUCCAUCCAAGCAAGGCCUACAAGGCCAGCUUAGCUAUCUUCAUGGAUCUCCACAAUGGCCAAUUAGGAGCAAGAGAGUUGUUUCAAGCUCAAUCCCACAUAUACAAACAUGCAUUCAGUUUUGCAAACUCCAUGUCACUCAGCUGUGCAGUUCAGCUAGGCAUACCAGAUAUAAUUCACAACCACGAAAAACCCAUCUCUCUCCCUGACUUAGUCUCAUCUCUCCAAUUGCCUCCCUCAAAAACCAAUUCUCUCCACAGAAUCAUGUCCUUGUUAAUUCACUUGGGGUUUUUUGCUACAAUGAAAAUUGAUCCAAAUCAUGGAGAUCAAGAAGGGUAUGUCCUCACUCCAUCAUCUAAGCUUCUAAUCAAAAGUGAAAUGGCCAAUUUGUCACCAUUUGUCCAAGCCAUGGUCGAUCCGGUUUUGGUCACCCCAUGGCAGUUCUUGGGAGAUUGGUUUAGAAGCAAUGAAGAAACAGCAUUUGAGACUGCACAUGGGGUUGCCAUGUGGGAGUUUUGUGACAAAAACCCAAAAUUCAAUAACACUUUCAAUGAAGCAAUGGGCAGUGACUCAAGAAUGAUGAGCUUGGUGGUUAGAGACUGUGAGGGAGUGUUUGGAGGACUGAAUUCAUUGGUUGAUGUAGGGGGUGGUACCGGUAUCAAUGCUCGGAUCAUUUCCGAGGCGUUUCCUGGUAUAAAAUGCACUGUUUUUGAUCUUCCACAUGUUGUUGAGAACUUGCCACAGGAGAAGAACUUGAACUAUGUUGGGGGUGAUAUGUUUCGGUCUUUCCUAUCCGCGGAUGCCAUUUUCUUCAAGUGUGUUUUGCACAAUUGGAGUGACGAGAACUGCGUAAAGAUACUGAAGAGAUGCAGAGAAGCUAUUCCUAGCAAGGAAGAUGGAGGAAAGGUUAUCAUCAUAGACAUGGUGGUAGAUGGGGACAGAGAUGAACAUGACAUUGCCGAGACAAAGCUUGUUUUUGACAUAUUGAUGAUGGUUUUGGUCACCGGAAGAGAAAGAAGUGAGAAGGAAUGGGAAAAGAUUUUCUUAGAGGCUGGCUUUAGUCACUACAAGAUCACACCCAUCUUUGGUUUAAGGUCCCUCAUUGAGAUAUAUCCUUAAAUUAUGUAAGGUAAAUUUCAUUUUACCUCGGCGUAGUUUGGCUCAUUUGCAAAUAACAUUUAUAUGGUUUGUAAACUGAGAUAUAUCGCUUUCCACCUAACUUAAUGUUAAGUGCAUGCCAAGAUGAAAAUAGUACAUCGAGGUUAAAGUGAAUUUUGUCUCCUAGAAAAAUAACGAAAAUGUCCAUGUUUUACGCAAUGAGAUUACUUAUGUAUAAGGAUUUCUUUUUCUUUUUAUCUAGCUUUUAAUGGGUCCAACGGUACUCUUUAGUGUAGAAAUCAUAAGGAAUUAUGUUCUUAUAAAUGAUAAGGGUUGUGUGCAAAUAGGUUAAACCAUGAGGGACUAAAGUGAAAUUUGUUCAAUUAUGUAUUGUGAAACCUAUAUGACUCCUAUAAUAAUUCUUGUUCUGUAAA